AUGAUUUCAUGUCCUACAACAGUGGAUUAUAGCAAAAAUCAUAAUGACAAAGAUUGUUUAAAUGAAGUUACCAAAAUCAUUGAUACCCAUGAAGAAGUACCAUCAAAUGUAGAAUUUAUCAUUUAUAAUGGGGAUAGCUUCACAGAAAUAAAGAAUGAAAAAAAAAGCAGAACAACAGGAAUAAAACUAAAGAUUUUUUUAAAAAAAUUCAAAGUAAAGAAAAUCUAUCAUCAAUAUCAUCUUUCCGAUUUUGGAAUGGAGCAACUAUUUGACAUUGAUACCUUACUUGAGUCCAUUAAUUUAAGUGGUAAUGUUUUCAAUGACCCUGGAGAUCUGUCAGGAUUAAAGAAAAUGAAUCCAAAAUUACAACAAUUAUCAAUUUCAAUUCCUUUCCGUGAUGUAAUAAGAGCUAUUUUGCAUUCUCUAUUAGUUCUGUAG